AUGGCUUUGGAGUUUUUCCUAGCUUCUUUUCUUGUGUUAAGAUUUCACUUAUCCGUGCCUACCAUUGAAAGAUUUCUCAGGAGAUUCAUUCGAGCUGUGCAAGCUUCACAUCAGGUUCCUGCAUUAACCUUGGGACAUUUAGCAAAUUAUCUAGCAGGGUUGACACUGGUUGAGUACUGUUUUCUAAAGUUCCUUCCAUCAGUCAUUGCUGUAUCUGCUGUGUUCCUUGCCAGAUGGACAUUGGAUCAGUCCACCCAUCCAUGGAAUCCAACUCUCCAACAUUGCACCUCUUACAAGUUUGUAGAUCUUAAACCAGCAGUUCUUGAAAUGUAAGUCCUGCAGACAAAUAGUUAAAACUGCUCCUUGAAAGCUAUCAAUGAAAAAUACAAGCAACCAAAG